ACGCCGUUGUAUUUCGUGUCUAGAUACUUUAUAUGAAUUUAGGCGAAUGGCAUAAGUCUAGAAGAAGAGACACAAACAUGAAUUUGGAGCUGCUUGAGUCCUUUGGUCAAAACUAUCCGGAAGAGUUCGAUGGCUCCCUGGAUUGCAUUUCCUUGGCAGUUACCUGCGCUUUCAACAAAUACGGCACCUUAUUAGCCGUUGGCUGUAACGAUGGACGCAUUGUUAUUUGGGAUUUCCUGACGCGCGGCAUUGCAAAAAUUAUUUCAGCGCAUGUCCAUCCUGUUUGCAGUCUUAGUUGGACAAGAAAUGGCCACAAGCUACUCUCUGCUUCAACUGAUAAUAAUGUUUGUAUAUGGGAUGUACUCACUGGUGAGUUGGAGCACAAGUUUCGAUUUCCCUCACCAGUGCUAAAGGUACAAUUUGAUCCGCGCAACGACAGUCGCUUGUUAGUGUGUCCCAUGCGUUAUGCAGCGGUUCUUGUAAAAAUUGCCGGUUCACAUCGCUGCCUGCCCCUAGAUUCAGAUGGAGAUUUGAACAUUGUCGCUUCUUUUGACCGCCGUGGUAAACACAUAUAUACAGGCAAUGCAAAAGGAAAAAUACUCGUGUUGGAUGUGGAUACUUUUGAGGUAGUUGCCAGCUUUCGCAUUAUUGUGGGCACAUCCAGCGCUACAGCAGUAAAGAGCAUUGAAUUUGCGCGACGUGGCGACGCUUUUCUUAUAAACACAUCCGAUCGCGUGAUUCGCGUCUAUGACUCCAAAAAGAUAAUUGCUUUGGGUAAAGAUGGUGAGCCAGAACCCAUACAAAAGCUGCAGGAUUUGGUCAACAAAACUACCUGGAAAAAGUGCUGCUUCUCGGGCGAUGGUGAAUAUAUAUGUGCGGGUAGUGCCAGGCAGCAUGCGCUUUACAUUUGGGAAAAGUCAAUAGGCAAUCUGGUAAAAAUUCUACAUGGCACAAAGGGUGAAUUGCUGCUGGAUGUAGUCUGGCAUCCAGUGCGGCCAAUCAUAGCCAGUAUAAGUUCAGGCUUGGUUUCGAUUUGGGCACAAAACCAGGUGGAAAACUGGUCAGCUUUUGCUCCCGACUUUAAGGAGCUAGACGAGAACUUGGAGUAUGAGGAGCGCGAGUCAGAGUUCGAUAUUGCCGACGAAGACAAGUCUGUUGAUCUGAAUGCCGAUGCUCAGCAGGACGAGGAGAUUGAAGUUGAUGUACAAAAAGUGGAACCCGUUGCAGCGUUUUGCUCUUCCGAUGAAGAAGGCGAGGAUGAAAAUGCACUACAGUUUCUGCCCAUGGCACCAGAGGUAGAAGAUCCAGAAGAAGGCUGGACGGGGCAAGAUGGGAUGGAGCCAAACUCAUCAUUACUAGGCGGCGAAGCACGAGAUUACGAUGGUGACUUUAUAGCGUCGAAGCGUAGGCGCAUGCAGCACUACGACGUCAGCCUGCCCGACGCACCCAGCGAUGAAAGUCACCCGCUCAUUUCAAGUAAGGCCAGCAAAGACAAGCAACAGCCCAUUGGCGGUAAAAAGACUGCAGGGCGCGCUAAGAAGUGAACCGGAGCAGCUUUAUUUGUAAUUUUAAGACACUUUUGUGUAAUAAACUAGACCUAAGUCGCCUUUGGGUUACGUACUUGACCGGCAAACAACAAGAGAUGCGUAGACUUAUCAAUAA